AUUAUAUAGCUCCUCGAUGCCUGUGCUGAUGCUUUGGUGUUUGGAGCUCUUGAAAAAUGUCCAGAGUGCAAGAAGGGACAGCUUGUUUACUCAGCUGUUGGGUACAAAUGUUCAGGGGACAUGACCGAAUGGACCAAAUGUAUGUAUAUCACAAAGACGCCCAAAAGGAAGACCUUCAAAAUUCCCAAGGAGUACCAUGAUGUCCCAUACCUAAAAAGUUUCAAGUUUCAGAAAAGAGAACGAUUAUUUAAUUCUGCUGCAGUAGCAAGCUCUCUUGAGGGUUCCAUGGAUACAAUGGAUUCUGGAGCUGGGCCAUCUUCAUCCAUAAAAUCAUUGGAGGGAAUGAAGUUUGUUAUAACAGGAAAAACGGCAAAACCUAAAGAGGAGCUUGCUCGGGAGAUCACUCGACUCGGAGGAUUUGUUGUAGAUAAAGUAUCAUCUGAUGUGGCAGCUUGUAUUACUACAAAGA